UCCUGGUAAAACCUCGUCUUCAUUACCCCCCUUUUUUAUAUAUCUAUCUACCCAUCUUUCUAUCCAUCCCUGAAGUGGUCAAACGUCGUCUCCACUGGAAAGGGUUUCUAGGGUUUCGGGGUUCUUGGCGCACUGAAACCAUGGCAUCCGCCGAACCAGAAUCCUCCCAGACGCCUCCUCCCGCCGGAGAGAACGACUCGGAGCUGGCGAAUCUCAGCAAGAAGCAGGCGAAGAAGGAGGCCCAGAAGGCCGAGAGGCUCCGCAAGCAGCAAGAGGCCGCCACCGCUGCCGCGGCGGCGGCGGCAGCGUCCGCGGAAGCGGACCCCUUCUCUGGGAACUACGGCGACGUCCCAACGGAGGAGAUCCAGUCGAAGGCGGUCAGCGGCCGGCAGUGGACGGAGAUCGGGUCGCUGGACGCUGAGCGGGCGGAACGGAUGGUCCUGAUCCGGGGCGCGGCCCAGGCGAUCAGGCCCGUCAGCAAGAAGAUGGCGUUCCUGGUGGUGAGGCAGUACGUGAGCACCGUCCAGUGCGUGCUGGUCGUCAACAAGGAGUGGGUGAGCCCUCAGAUGGUCAAGUUCGCCACGGGCCUCAGCAAGGAGUCCAUUGUCGACGUCGAAGGGGUCGUCUCCAUUCCCAAGGAUCCCAUCAAGGGCACCACGCAGCAGGUGGAAGUUCAAGUGAGGAAGCUUUACUGUAUCAAUAGAGCCAUGCCGAAUUUGCCUAUCAAUAUUGAGGAUGCAGCACGAAGUGAGAUGGAAUUUGAGAAAGCUGAACAGACUGGAGAGCAGCUGGUUCGUGUUGGUCAGGACACUCGUUUGAAUUAUAGAGUUCUUGACUUGCGCACUCCUGCAAAUCAAGCAACUUUCCGCAUUCAAUGUCAUGUUGAAGAUGUAAGUGCUCAAUCUUCUCAAACAACAAUGUCAUUUGAGAUUUCUCAGAUAUUUAGACGAUUUUUGCUGUCCGAGGGGUUUGUAGGGAUCCAUACUCCCAAGCUCGUACCUGGAUCAAGUGAAGGUGGUGCAGCUGUAUUUAAACUGGACUACAAGGGGCAACCUGCUUGUUUGGCACAAUCACCUCAGCUUUAUAAGCAAAUGGCAAUAUGUGGUGGUUUUGGAUGUGUAUUUGAAGUUGGUUCUGUAUUCAGAGCAGAAGACUCCUACACGCAUAGGCAUUUAUGCGAAUUUGUAGGCCUUGAUGUUGAAAUGGAGAUCAAGGAACACUAUUUUGAGGUUUGUGAUGUUGUGGACCGUUUGUUUGUUGCAAUGUUUGACUAUUUGAAUGAGACCUGCAAGAAGGAACUGGAUUCAAUCAACAGACAAUAUCCCUUUGAACCUUUGAAGUACUUGAGGAAUACCUUGCGGCUCACUUUUUUGGAGGGUGUUGAAAUGCUUAAGGAAGCUGGAACAGAAGUUGACCCUUUUGGGGACCUAAAUACAGAGGCUGAGAAAACAUUGGGUCGGCUUGUUCGUGAGAAGUAUGACACUGAUUUUUAUAUUCUCCAUCGGUAUCCUUUGGCCGUAAGACCAUUCUACACCAUGCCCUGUUAUGAUGAUCCAACGUACAGUAACUCAUUUGAUGUCUUCAUUCGAGGUGAGGAGAUAAUUUCAGGGGCUCAGAGAGUACACCUACCUGAAUUAUUGACUAAACGAGCAGAGGCAUGUGGAAUUGAUGUUAAGACUAUAUCAACAUACAUUGACUCUUUCCGGUAUGGUGCACCCCCACAUGGUGGAUUUGGUGUGGGCCUGGAGCGAGUGGUUAUGCUUUUCUGUGCUCUCAACAACAUACGCAAAACAUCGCUUUUCCCUCGUGAUCCACAGAGACUAGUUCCAUGAGAAAGUUUUCUUUUUCAAGAACCCCACUUUAAAGUUCUCCUAUUGGUUAUAUUAUAAUAUGUUUCAGAGAUUGUCCAAGAAGGUAUUGACAUGUCCAACAAUUGGAAUUUAUUCUGUUGACAUCUGUAAAUUGAAUUAAAAGCUUACCACUUCGGGGAAAAACAAAGUUACCUGGUUUUUAUUUCCUUGUGCACCCGUUGAAGGGGAUGGCUGCUUUGUGAUAUGCUUCGGAUGGGCUCUAUAUAACACACACAGCAUCCAUGGUGUUUGUAUCGUCUCUUCAACGAUGCUGUAUCUUAUCCUGUGCUGGAGACAUUUUAGAGACAUCCGCUCUGCUGAAAGAAUUUUCAUGAUUUAUGAAUUUUUAUAUCCGUUCAAGAAGCCGUAAUUAAGGUUGGAACCAUAAUUAAUAGUUGAGGAUGGCAAAAAUGGUUCUCCCAAAUACUUGAGUACCGCUAGACAAACUUGUGUUGUAUGUAUUUUCUGUCAGUAUUUGAAUCUUUGGGCUUUUCUAUAUGUUAUGCUGUAUAUGCUUGUAAUAA